AAUUAUUUAUUAAACUAUAUUACAGAACUCCUAAGUCAACUAAUUAUUUGCUUCCCCAUAUCAAUACAUUGUAAUAGCCUUACAAUCAGACUUAUUCAGCAACAAAAUCCUCAUGCAUCAUUUAAUAAACCCACUACUUCCCACUUUCAUUGAUACAAGCCAAUUUUAAUUGCUCGUUAUUCAGAUGGCAUGUCAAAAGUCACUGUAAUUAAAGUGUUUAGGUGCAGCUUGUGUUGCCUCACCGAUCAUCAUCAUCAUAGUGUGAGAUCAUCCAGACAAACACGAAAUCCGUUCAUUUCCCUUAUCACGGAGGAAUGCUACACAUUACAGUCCAGGGAAUCUUAUCUGGUCAGGGAGGGGUUCACGUUUUUUCCAGGCCCUCCAGGAAUAGCACAUUUGCGUGCAUAAAGCAGGGAAAAUGAGUGCGGGAAAUCCGAGUGGUCUCAAACCACCCACCAAGAUUGGAAAAGCAGCACCUGCUUCACCAACCAAAACCUCGCCCAGCUCAGCUGGUGCCAAAGCUGUAACAUCUCCAACCUCUAAUUCGGCCCAAGAUGCUGUGUCAGAUUUCUCUGUCGGUGAACGAGUUUGGGUCAAUGGAAAUAAACCAGGUUAUGUGGAGUUCAUUGGAGGGACCCAGUUUGCACCGGGCCAAUGGGCGGGAAUUGUUCUAGAUGAAUCCAUCGGGAAAAAUGAUGGCUCUGUGGCCGGAGUGCGCUACUUCCAGUGUGAGGACUUGCAAGGUAUAUUUACUCGGCCCUCCAAACUGUCCCGCACUCCAGUGGCAGAGCGUGAAGCCAAUGGCACGCAGACACCCGCCAACAAGACAUCCACUUCCCCUGCCAAAGAUCCUGUUCCUGUCACUCAAACCACUAGUGCAACAACCAAGACCACAACAAACCUAACCAGGGCCACCAGCGAGUCUGCAUCCAAUCUGUCUGAGACGGAUUCGGCCAAGAAGUUGCAGCAGGAACUGAAGUUGGGUGAUCGUGUGCUGGUUGGUGGAACCAAGGCAGGUGUUGUGCGUUUUUUGGGCGAAACUGACUUUGCGAAAGGUGAUUGGUGUGGUGUUGAGUUGGACGAACCUCUUGGCAAGAAUGAUGGGGCAGUGGCUGGUGCAAGGUAUUUCCAGUGCCUACCAAAGUACGGACUAUUCGCUCCUUCUCACAAAGUCAUCCGCAUCGGAUUCCCAUCCACCACUCCUGCUAAAUCCAAAACCUCCAGGCGCAGGUCGACCCUAAAGAACAGCACCAGCGCGUCCUCCAUCAGCUCUCUCAGCUCUGUCACCUCCUCAGUUGGAGGCAAACCCAGCCGAGCAGGCCUGCUCACAGAGACGUCGGCUCGGUACGCGCGGAAGAUCUCAGGCACCACGGCCCUGCAGGAGGCUCUGAAGGAGAAGCAGCAGCACAUCGAGCAGCUCCUGGCCGAGCGGGACCUGGAGAGGACGGAAGUGGCACGAGCCACAAGUCAUGCCGGAGAAGUGCAGCUGGAGCUUGGGCUGCUCAGACAGGGCCAGGAACAGUACGCUCUGGAGAUGGAAGCCAAGUUGGACCAGUUGCGGAGACUCGUGGAAACUGCAGACAGAGAUAAAGUGGAACUGAUGAAUCAACUGGAAGAGGAAAAAAGAAAAGUGGAGGACCUGCAGUUCCGUGUAGAGGAAGCUUGCAUUACCAAAGGUGACCUAGAGACGCAGACCAAACUGGAGCAUGCCCACAUUAAGGAGCUCGAACAGAGUCUUCUCUUUGAAAAGACCAAAGCAGACAAACUCCAGAGGGAGUUAGAGGAUACUAGGGUGGCCACGGUGUCUGAGCGCUCCAGGAUCAUGGAGCUGGAAAAGGAAGUGUCUGACCUGCAUCUUCAGCUGAGAACUCUCCGGGCCGAGACCACAGGAUCAGCUUCACCUCCAUUACAAGACAAAAAGAUCAAGGAGUUGAACUUUGAGUUAGAGAACAGACAGAAGGAAGUUCUCCUGUUCCAGCAGAAACUCAGCUCCUCUGAACAGGAUAAAACAUGCCUCCAGGAGCAGCUGCAAGAUCUGAAACAGAAACUUGACACCGCAUCAGAGGACAAUAACAAAGCAACACUAGCCAUGCAAGAAAUAGAAAGCACCAUGAAAAUGCAGAGAGAGAAGCUGGAUCAGGUGUCCAGGGAGAAGGAAGAGGUGCAGAGGGAUGAGUCCGUCCGACAGCAGCAGGAACAGGUGAAGGAUGAAGAGAGAGAUCUUCAGAUGAAGGAGCUGAAGGAGAAGUUGGGCCGAACAGAAGGAGAGAUGAACAGAAUCACAGAGAGGAGUGCUGAGCUUGAACGGCAGGUGCUGGAACUGAAAGCCAUCAAAUUUGACCAAACCCAGAGUUUACAGUCUGAUGAAAAGCUGAAGCAGAUGAUGAAGAGGAAUAAAGAAUUGCAGGAGGAGCUUGAGGUCCUGAAGCAGCAGAAAUCUCAGUAUCAGGAGCAGCUGAGUUCAGAAACGCAGAACAUCGACAGCCUCCACAAAGAAAUUGAGGAGCUAAAACUGUCAUCCAGUCAGACGUCUCCGAGGCAGGUGUUGCUCCAGGUUGAGAAAUGUACACUGGCUCAGGAGUUGGACAUCCACUCACAGCAGCAUGGCAGCGAAGCUCUGACCAGCCAGCGGGAGAUUACACAGAUGGAGAACUCUAAUGCAACGAUGUCCGAUAAAGACAAGGAACUAGAGACACUACGCAAUGAGAUUGCAGUGCUUCGUGUGGAAAAUGCCAUGGCCAAGACACUCCAGUCAGCCGUGACGUCUCUGGAGAGGGACAAAGGCCAGCUGCAGAGCCGAGUGAACAGCCUGGAGCAAAAGCUGGAGGGCCGGCAGACAGGGAACCGAGAGGAAGUCACUUCAGGUGAUGCUGCUAUAGACCAACUGAGAGAAGAGAAAGAGUUUGCUGAGGGACAGAUCAACUUCCUGAACUCAGUCAUUGUGGACCUUCAGAGGAAGAAUGAGGAACUAAAGGUGAAGCUGAAGAAAAUGGCAUUGACCGAGUUUAAUGGAAAUGAUGAACAUGAUGGCCUUGGUGAGGUGAACAAGAAGAAGAAAGCCCCACCACGUGUUUUCUGCGACAUCUGUGACUGCUUCGACCUGCACGACACAGAGGACUGUCCCACUCAAACACAAUCCCCCGACUCGCCUCCACACACCACGUACCAUGGGAGCCGCAACGGUGAACGACCGUACUGCGACAUCUGCGAGGCAUUCGGUCACUGGACAGACUCUUGCAACGAUGACCAAACCUUCUGAACUUUCCCUCAACCCCUCGGCCUGUGAGCAGGCUAUGCACAGAUCGCUUUUGACCAGAUUAUACGCUAUUUUUGUACAUUUUAACCUCUUGAACAUUCCCUAAAUGAUCUGCCCAAAUGAAGGCUAAAGUGUGCUGCAUUGAUGGAAUUACAAUGUUCAAUGUUUCAACGUUAUGAAGGCGAGAGAUAUUUCUACGUGUUAUCAGUACUGUUUCGUAAGUUUUUCACUGUCCUGUGUGGAUUGAUCUAAUGAUGAAUUACCAGCAAGAAAUUUUGGAAUGGUUAAGCGAUACUUUGCAGUGUACUUAACUGCCGUGUGUAAUUUCUAAUGACACAAAUUGGAAUGACUGUUUCCAAUCAGGUUUCCUUUUUUUCUUCCAUUGUAGCUCCGCCCCAAACUCAAGCUAUUGGUCGAGUCAGAAGUUGACGUUGUAGGACAGCAAUGUUUUGAAGGUGCUACAAAG